GCGAGAUCCUGAGUCGCCCAACGGCGCUGCGGACUCGGGUGGCUGUGCUGAGUCCGUCCGUCCCAGCGCGGCCCUCAUGGCGCUGCUCCGACGCCCGACGGUGUCCAGUGAUUUGAAGAAUAUUGACACAGGAGUUAAUCCUAAAGCUAAGAGCCAUGUGACCAUUCGGCGGGCAGUUUUAGAAGAAAUUGGAAAUAAAGUUAGAAGCCGAGCAGCCCCAGUGGCUAAGAAACCUCAGAACACCAAAAUACCAGUUCAGCCCACCAAAGUGACACAUGUCAACAAACAGCCGAAACCUACAGCCUCUGUGAAACCGGUACAGAUGGAGACCCUGGCUCCGAAGGAUCCUCCUGCCCCUGAGGAUGUCUCCAUGAAGGAAGAGAACCUCUGCCAAGCUUUCUCUGAUGCUUUGCUCUGCAAGAUCGAGGAUAUAGAUAACGAAGACUGGGAGAACCCUCAGCUCUGCAGCGACUACGUGAAGGACAUCUACCAGUAUCUCAGGCAGCUUGAGGUUUUGCAGUCCAUCAACCCACAUUUCUUAGAUGGAAGAGAUAUAAAUGGACGUAUGCGUGCCAUCCUGGUGGACUGGCUGGUCCAAGUCCAUUCCAAGUUUAGGCUUCUGCAGGAAACUCUUUACAUGUGCAUUGCCAUCAUGGACCGGUUCCUACAGGCGCAGCCGGUCUGCCGGAAGAAGCUGCAGCUGGUUGGGAUCACGGCUCUGCUCUUGGCUUCCAAAUACGAGGAGAUGUUUUCUCCAAAUAUCGAAGACUUUGUUUAUAUCACAGACAAUGCUUACACCAGUUCCCAAAUCCGAGAAAUGGAGACUCUGAUUUUGAAAGAGCUAAAAUUUGAGUUGGGUCGGCCUUUGCCGCUCCACUUCUUAAGGCGAGCCUCAAAGGCUGGGGAGGUGGACGUGGAACAACACACGCUAGCCAAGUAUCUGAUGGAGCUAACGCUCAUCGACUAUGACAUGGUGCACUAUCACCCUUCUCAGGUCGCAGCGGCUGCUUCCUGCCUUUCUCAGAAGGUGCUGGGCCAGGGCAAAUGGAAUUUAAAGCAGCAGUAUUACACCGGAUACAUGGAGACUGAAGUACUGGAAGUCAUGCAGCACAUGGCCAAGAACGUGGUGAAAGUCAACGAAAACCUCACCAAGUUCAUCGCUGUCAAGAACAAGUAUGCCAGCAGCAGACUCCUGAAGAUCAGCACGAUCCCACAGCUGAACUCCAAAACCAUCAAAGACCUUGCCUCCCCUCUGAUGGGCAGGCUCUAGGUGGCUGGGCUCCCGCCAUGCACAUCUGAUUUUGUACAUACUCCUGUAGUUUACUUCACAAAACCUCUUCUCAGACUAAUCUCCUAAUUGUGUAUUGAGGAAAAAAUAAAGCUAUUG